ACACACCUACAACAAAUGGUCUCACCUACAAGGGUAGCUGGGGAAGAACGUGUCAUUAUGUUAUUACUUAUUACUCCUCCCCACGUUGUUGCAUAUAUUAUUAUAUUGCAGCAGCAACAAUGCUUUAAUGCGCUGCUUCUGGAUAUAUAUGGCGAAAAUUAAUUUACUUCGUUUACGUACUACGAACGGACUGAUGAGUAAGACAUUAAAGAUGAGUGGCGGGGCGGUCUCCUUCUUCUUCUUCUUCUUCUUCAUCACCUCCUCCCUGCUGCAGCGCGUAGAAGCGGCUUCUGGUUCGCCUGUGAGCUUUCUUCCCGGCUUCGAUGGCCCUCUUCCUUUUCAACUCCGAACUGGGUACGUUGGAGUGGGAAAUGAAGAAGAUGUGCAACUUUUUUAUUACUUUAUAAAGUCGGAAUCAAAUCCGGAAGAGGACCCUCUCAUUCUUUGGAUCACGGGAGGCCCCGGUUGUUCUCCACUGCGCGCUAUCAUCCAAGAAAUAGGACCAUUGCUUGUUGAACCGGUGGAGUAUAAUGGGAGUUUGCCCAGGUUACUGCCAUUUCCUUAUUCCUGGACAAAGGUUGCUAGCAUUAUAUUUCUGGAUUUACCAGUUGGGACUGGAUUUUCUUAUGCUACAACUUCAACAGCUCUCCACUCGGACAAUUUGUUAACUGGCGCCAAUGCAUAUGAAUUUCUUCAAAAGUGGUUUGGAGAAAAUCCAGAGUUUCUUUCAAAUCCUUUCUAUGUUGGUGGUGAUUCGUACUCCGGAAUCACAGUUCCAAUCCUCACUGAAAUGAUAUCCAAUGGAAACAGAGAAAUCAAGCCAUUCAUUCACCUUCAGGGGUACAUACUUGGCAAUCCCCUAACCUCUGAAGCAGCUGACUUGAACAGUAGAAUACCAUUUGCUCAUAGAAUGGCUCUCAUCUCUGACGAGUUAUACAAGGGGCUAAAAAGAGAUUGCAAAGAAAAGUAUUAUUUGGACACUGAUCCUACCAAUUUACUGUGCCAGCAACACCUACAAACCUAUAAUCAGUCGAUUGAGGGGAUAUUUCCUGCCAACAUUUUGGAGCCUAUUUGCGUGACUACUAGUGAUGAUGAUGAUGAUGAUUUUUCUUCAAGAGAAGCUUCAUCUUCAUCGUUAUUGGGACCACGUAUUCCAGUUUUGCCCUCAAGUCAGCAUAAAAGGAGUCUCAUUGACAAGAACUACAACCAAAAACGACGACGUCUCAAGAAUCCUGACUCACUUCCUGGAUUGAAAUGUCGGGAAGAUUGGAACAAAGUGUCUGAAUAUUGGGCCAACGACGAUCGCUCUCGAGAGGCCCUUCAUGUCCGUAAGGGGACGAAGGGAAAAUGGGAACAAUGUGCAUCAAACUUACCCUUCACAAAAAUUGUCCAAAACUCCAUACCAUAUCAUGAGAGGCUUAGCAGAAUGGGUUACAGAUCUCUUGUUUAUAGUGGUGAUCAUGACAUGGUGGUUCCAUAUUUGUCAACUCAUGCAUGGAUAAAGUUGUUAAAUUAUUCUGUGAUCGACGAUUGGAGGCCAUGGAUUGUGGAAGGACAAGUUGCAGGGUACACAACGACAUAUGCCAAUCAAAUGACAUUUGCAACCGUCAAGGGAGGAGGUCAUACUGCACCCGAGUUUCGUCCUUCCGAAUGUUUCGAGAUGUUCAAAAGAUGGAUAUUUAAUAAACAAUUGUAAUCAAUUAGGGACUAAGGACCACCGUACCACUUAAUCUAAACCACAUUCAAAUAUUGAAUCCAUUCGAUUAUAUGGUUCAACUCAAAAACUUAUAAACUUGUUAUUUUCUCUCUAAAGUUUCAAUAUUUCCAAUGUUUGACUCAAACAUUUCCUCGAGUGAAUAAUUAAGUCAUUUUGAAUCUAACGGAUUAACAAUCAGCAAACAGACUCUCAUCUCACAUGAAGCGAAUAUUUGACAAGCAGGGACGAAGAGAGUAUUAUCAUUAUUACUAUUUGAUGAUGUAAUGUAGAUUAUAGUGAACAAAUUAUAAUUAAGUUU